ACUCGACAUUAAACCAGAACAACGGAAAGCUGCUCUAGGCCGCGCGUGGCGAGUCUCGGGGGCAGCCCCUACGCUUACCCACACACAUUCAACAGACCGAAAUGGAGCAGCUACGGGUAGGUGAUCCGUGCCAGGAGUGCUUGUCACAGGGCAGGGAUCACAAGCUGCGCCUCUUCUACCUGAAUCUCGCGGAGGAAACGUUGCUCAAGUGCGAGGCAAGGACUUGUUUGUGGCCACACAAUGAUGAGGUUUCCUCAGACGAAGAGGUGGAGUUUGAGACAUCAGAUUCAAUAACUCCUUUACAAUCUAUGCCACCAGUUACGCCGGAUUCUUUGCCAUCAGCUCCGCCACCAUCUAUGCCUCAAAAAUCUCUGCCUUCUCUGCUUGAAAAUCUCCCUGCUGAUACCCCAAUUAAUGCCACUUGGGAGAAAAGUCGGAUUCCAUUUGAAGACCCCGUUGCGGUCGAUGACGACGAAUUUAUCCGUCAGUUGCUGCAGCAACUCACUCCAGUCACGGAAUCAGACUCCGAUGAAUCAGCACGAGAGCCUAAAUUGAAUCUCGACUCUCUGCCGGAUCUAGAGACGCCAGUGGAAGAGGUAGUAAAAGUUAAACCUAGCCUGGAGCCACAGCUACCCGAUUUUAGCUGCCUGGAUUUAAAAAUUUCCGAGCAGAUCAGCAAACCCCAAAAGGCCACGAUAGCUAAAGCGGAAAUACCACUAAUUCCCGUCACACUAUUGCUUUCGCCAAAGCUCAAGGCUCAAGGAAGGCAGAUUAACCCUAAGGCCAAGUCACCAGCUCCAAAAAUACAGCAUCCAGCGAAGCAAGAGUAUGAAACGCAGCCUGCUAAGCCUAUGAAUCCAACCAGCCCAAAGGGAGAUCCAUUCAUUUCCCCGCCGCAGAAAGCAUCCACGCAGCCACGAAGUCCCUCUGCUGCUGACGCCCAACCGGCUUUUAAUAUCAUUAUCAGUAUUCCGGAAAUAAAUCCAACGAAGUCAUUUAUGGACGCAGUAAGCCGACAUUCCGCAGCGGGAAAGCCAGUGGCCCGUGGAGGAGGAAGGAAUACGCCGCGUCCGGCCAUGGGCCGAAGACCACGCGCCCAGGCGGUGAUGCAAAUGAUUGAACAAAUGGAAACGACUGCAGAUGCCAAGCGAACGUCAUAAACUGGACCUUUUUUAACGUUUUUCCAGAAUUUCAAAUAAAUUUGCAUAUGAAAUUAUGCAUGCAUUCGACGGACCACAA